GACCUCGCCUUCCAUAAUCAUCGGCGCGCCAUCUUCAUUCCGCGCGAACAAAAACCUGACUAUGUGAGAGUAAGAAUGACGAUUUCUUCUUGAAAAUUGAGCUAUUUUAGUCAUGGAAAAUGCGAUGGUGGAUCCAGAAAAUGCUCUUGUGCAUUUGGAAUUCUUCAAAGAUGUCCAUUACUACCUAAUUGGAACAAUUUCAGAAGAGGUGACAGAUCUUUUAGUUCAAGGAGGAGGAAAAGAGGAGUCAUAUUUGACUGAUCGAGUGACUCACGUCAUCUCAGAAGAUGAGGAUCAUCCUGAAGUCACAGAGGCUAGGGAUCUCUUUGAACUCCCGGUCGUAUCGUCUAAAUGGGUGUCUAUGUCUGUUCGAUGUAAGACUCUAUUACCCGGCAAGGCGUUUGCACCUGAGUCAGUACGGCUCUUCACAAACUCCAUUGUUUGUUUUUCAAAGGUGUCAACUACGGACCGCAAUGCAUUAUGGGCCCUAAUAACAUUCCAUGGUGGAACUUGUAGGGCUAAUCUGAGUAAAGGAUGUACGCAUCUAGUUACAUCAAAAUGUGAAGGGGCAAAGUAUGAGUGUGCAUCCCAGCAUGAGACUCAGGUUAAGAUUGUGUGUCCUGAUUGGAUCCUCUCCUCAGUCCUCGCAAAGAAACUACAAGAUGAAAAAACAUUCCAUCCAAAAUACCUCACUUUCCAAACUCCACCUACAGAGGGAGCCCUUUGCCAGGAUAUUGAAAUGAAAACGGAAGAGGUAGACAAGGUCGAGCCGGCUGAAGAGGGCGAUGAUAAAACAGCAAAGGAGAAGAAAGAGAAAGUUGCAAGGCCAAAACUGAAACUUCCAUGGGCAGAUGAUUUAAUGCCUUUGCCUGACAUAUCAGCUCUACCAGAACCAUUACGUGAUGCCCCACCAUCAGGUAGUACAGCUACAUCAUCUGCUAUGAGCUCAUCACCAGCAUUGGGAGCUUCUUAUAACACCUCCAGUACAGGUUAUAGUACGCCAUCAUCAAAAACAAAAGACAAAAAACAUAAGAAAGAUAAGAAGAAAAAGAAGAAACACAAAAAGGAGAAGAAAAAGAAGGACAAGAAAAAGCACAAGCAUGCAAAUGAAAGUGGUGCCACUGGUUUAGGACUGCCUAAAGAGGGUGCUGGUGGUUCUAACCUCGACCAAGGGAUGAAGAAUCGAAACAUGCUGAGGAACAUAACAAACAAGACUGAUUACUUGCCAUCAAUGAUCGGUGUGACCGGUGAUAAAACACACGUAUCACAGCAGGUUUUGAAUGCGGUAGGAGGUCGACCAGGGGGUCAUAAAGGACGUUUAGAUCAAAGUUAUGGAAGUUUACAAGUCAUACCUGAGAUACAUUACUAUGGACAUGAUGCAUCAGCAGGAGUGACCCCAGACUCUUGUUUACUUGGAUGUAUUUUCCUCAUCAUUGAAUACCCUCAUCUAGUUGGUUUGGAUUACAUUGAUACAUGGAGGAAGGUUAUUGUUGAACAUGGUGGUAUCGUUGAUGAUUGCUACUCUGAUCGUAUUACACAUAUCAUGUGUGAUACGCAGCGGACAGAUAUCUUUAGACUGGCAAUGAAAGAUGGGAAGCGAUGCGUAACAGCAAGCUGGUUGAAUGAUUGUUUGAAGAAGAAAGCUAUGCUACCACCAUGGAGGGCGCUACAUUUCCCAGCCCCGUCCUACCCUCUUCAACCACCCCCUUGUAAAGACCAGAUCAUUGCGGUGACUGGUUUUGAAGGUGGAGAAAGAAACGAUGUGAAGACUAUGAUUGAGAUGACGGGAGCUAAAUACACAGGAUUCUUCAGCAGAGGGAAUACUCUACUCAUAUGUAAAAGACUUGAAGGUGCUAAGUAUGAGAAAGCCCAGGAAUGGAGGACGCCGGUCACUAAUGUCCAGUGGUUGAGUGAGGUUAUACUAGGAAACUAUGAUGCUCUUCAUAACUUUGUUAUGCCUCGUUACCAAGUCUUUGAUGUAGAUGAUCCUUUCAAGCUUGAAUUACUCAGACCACUCAAGCUUAUGGAACCAUGGACUAUACCAAUUAAAAUAUCACAGUCUAUUCGACGGAGUUACAUUACUAGUAUUGCUCAGAAGACAGCUAACCUUGCUAAUGGGAAACGAAAGGGAGAUCCACAGUCUCCUGGCAAUGCUUCUAAAAAGAUAAGGAAUAUGAUUCAAAUGGAUGAUGACUGGGAUGCUGGUACCCCUCGUAUUGCUCCUGACAAAGCUCCUAGGAUUCUAUUCACUGGUCUAGAUGCACCAAGAAUGGCAGACCUAUCCAAAAAAAUUGAGAAGCUAGGUGGUAGAAUUGUUGACACUAUUAGCCAGUGCACCCAUCUAAUAGCGGUCAAGAUCAUGAGGACGGUCAAGUUUUUAGCCGGUGUCUCAGUUUGUAAACACAUCGUUACUCCAAUGUGGAUUGAAGAAAGCUACAAGAGCAGAUGGUUUCUAGAUGUGACAAACUUCUCUCUUGUGGAUCAAGAGAUGGAAACAUUGUUUUCAUUCCAGCUUAGAGAGUCUCUCAUCAGAGCUAACAAACAAAAAUUAUUUAAGGAUGUAACAAUCUACAUCACACCUGGAGUAAAACCGGGAGCAAACAUGUUGAGAGAGAUCAUAGAGUGUGCAGGGGGUAAGCUAGCCCCAUCACGCCCCUCCCUCACAAAGAUUAGUCACAUACAGAGCGCCCUCGGGAAGGGAGCGUUUGUUGUUAUUAGUUCACCCUCUGAUAUGCCAUCAUGUAGAGAUUUCUUUACACACAAUAUUGAUGUUCACAAUGCUGAGUUUGUUCUUACGGGGGUCCUUCGUCAGCAGCUGGAUUACAAGUCAUUUAGAUUUGAUCCUCGUAUCUGAAGCUGGGCAACCAGAGACUACCAUAACAAACCGAAAGCUAGCUUCCUGCAUGUGGCUUGUGAUUCCAACCACUAGGCGCAUGAAGGUCUGGGACAGUAUUCACUUUAAAUUCUCAAACAUGAGUAUUUUACCUAGAUGUUGUUUUAUGAAGUAACAUGUCAAUUUGGUAUUCAAUGUUUUAAUUUAGCUGAGUUUUUCAGACAGCUAGAGUGACAAGUUUGUGUUUUAAUACACAUUUAUCCUAAGAACUAUCUUGUGGUGUAUCCCAAUUAACACAUUAAUUUGUGCUAGCCACUUUACAGCCAUUAGACUUGAUUACCCAGUAUUAUUCUUGAUACUCUGGACAAUGUGUGUCCUGAUUGACUUUCAUGGAGUAGCCUUUGCACAACCAUCUCUGACUAUUUGAAUUUCAGUUUAAGAGCCAUUAUUCACAAAUGGAUAUUUGUGCAGAUAACCCAUCCUUUUGUGUUAAGAACACUGGAUAGACUUGUUAAUUAAUCCCAUUUCAUCCCGAGUUAUGACCUCCUCUAUCAGCCCUACCAAUUCAUUAUCUGUGAUGGUUCAGAUCAGUGUCCGGGGGGGGGGGGGCACUUCCAUUGACGAGUGGAUACCAUGCGCGACCAUGUGGUCCAAAAGCACCCUAAACACAUAUUUUCAAUAUUCUGAAAAUGCACCCCUUAAUAAGUAUUGGCAUGUAAAAUCCUACCCUAACAAAACAAUACACGUGGCAAGUAUUCCCUGAAUUGACACCCUAAACAAGUACAGCGAUUUUUUUUAUUGUUAUUUCAUGGACUCGGUUGUUGGUUAAGACAUCAUGGGCUUUAGUACAGCCCCACCUCCCACAUCUCGCGCAAAUAGAUUUUUUCAUUAUUUACGGUAAGUGUUUUUUACACCCUUAUUACAUUAUGUAAGAAACGUGCCCUAUCUUGAAAAAGACAUCCUUUUUACAUGUUUUUUUGGUCGUGCAUGGUAUCCACUUCAAUAUAAGUAGCACAUGGGAGCUGCAGGUGAUUUAGCCCCCGAAAUACACAUCACCAUUCAUCACAAUAUUAAAGCUUAUCAUGUGUUGGAGAUUUCGAAAGUAAGUUUUGAAGAGUAGCCCUCGAAAAUGAAAUAUUAAUAUUUUGCCUUGUAGACAUCGUGCACAGACAUGGCGCACAAAUUAUAUUUUAAAGGUUUUGAUAUUGUACUUAUCCAAUCUUCGAUAAUGAUAAUGAAUGUAUUGAUCAAGUUUAUUAUAACAAGGUAGAGCAAAUUAUGGUCUAUUCUCAGUGAAAGUGAAUAUGCACAUUUCUAGCCCCCCCAAAAACGUGCCAAACUUAGUUAAUUAAUUUUUACAUACAGCUAUAUGGUAUGCCCCUAUUUAACUUUCUCAAAGGAUAGUUGCUAUCUUUGCUAAUCUUCAUGGUUGUUACUAAACACCUGUAUCAGUUCAUAGCCUACCCCAGUACUAUGUGGAUCACAAGAAGAAUAACUUGGAUUUUUAAAAUGCCCCCUGGCAGACAGCAUGCACAUUGAUGUAAGAAAUAAAAUUACAUAAAUAACUGAAUACACUAUGUUUUCAUUGACCAAAAGGUAAUUUAUUGGACAUUCUUGGAACUAUGGUGACUGUAUAUAAGUGUCUUGUGAUGUAUUUUGUAUAUUUUUUUGUGUUGUUAAUAUCUAGUAGUCACAUGUAUCUAUGUCAGAUGUAUCUAGUUCUGGAAUUUCAUCCAAUAAUGCAAAGAUAGUUGAGUUUCCUCAGGUUUCAUGCUUUUUGGACCAGUGAAAAUAAGAAGAUAUGAAUAAGAUAAUCUUUAAUGCUUUUUUAAACAAUUUUAUAACAUGUAAUUUUAUCUUUCAUUUUUUCCUUUAAUUUGGCCAUCUCUUUCCGUGAACUUUUUGAAGGUUGGCCAUAUGAGUUAAAGGUUAAGUUCCACCCCAGAAGGUGUUGAUUUGAAUAGAGAAAUUCAAACCAGCAUAAUGCUGAAAGUUUCAUCAAUAUUGGAUGUAAAAUAAGAA